AUGGAUGCGCAGUACUACGGGUCCAUUGCGCUGGGUACGCCCCCUCAGCACUUUACGGUGAUCUUUGACACUGGUUCCAGCAACCUGUGGGUGCCUUCGGUCCAGUGCGGCUGGUUCAACAUAGCGUGCCGCCUGCACAACCGGUACGACGCGGGCCGCUCUUCCACAUACAAGGCCAAUGGCACCGAUUUCGCCAUCCAGUACGGCACGGGGUCCCUCUCUGGCUACAUCUCGGUGGACCGCCUCACCUGGGGAGGCCUGCACGUCGAGAACCAGGCGUUUGCUGAGGCCAUCAACGAGCCGGGGCUCACGUUUGUGGCGGCAAAGGACCCCAACUCCAAGAAUGGCGGCGAGCUGGUGCUGGGAGGGGUGGACCCCGCCCACUUCACUGGGGAGCAUACAUGGGUCCCCGUGACCCGCCGCGCCUACUGGCAGUUUGACAUGGACGCCCUCGCGGUGGAGGGCCGCGGCGACCUGGGGGCCUGCGACGGCGGCUGCCCCGCCAUUGCCGACUCGGGCACCUCCCUCGUGGCCGGCCCCAGCAGUGAGGUCAGCGCCAUCAACUCGGCCAUCGGGGCGGAGUCGGCCUUCAGCCUGCAGUGCAAGGGCUUUGUGCGCCAGUACGUGCCUCAGAUCAUCAGGGCCGUCAAGGACCUGCCCAUCGACGAGGUCUGCUCCGUCAUCGGCCUCUGCCCCGCGGUCAGCCCCGCCCGCCGCCUCCUGGCCUCCUCCCCCCUCUCCGCAGCCACCCGCGUCAUCUCAGACACCCUGUUCGCAGCCCCCACCACCGCCGCUGACGCGUCCUGGCGCGCUGCGGCUGCCAAGCUCCGCGCGCGCUACGGCUCCAGCUCCGCCACCGCUGCCCUCAAGGGCGGCCUCAAGCGCGGCGCCGCCCCCGGCGCCGCGAAGGAUGCCGCCACCCCCAAGGGCCGCCUGGCGGACGCCCUGCGCGGGGCCGUCGCGGGCGUUGAUGACGCCAGCCUGAAGGCUUCGUCGUCCAACGGGUUUGGGUGUGACUUCUGCAACACCGCUGUUGAGUACGUGAAGAUCGCCCUCAGGAACAACCAGACCAUCGAGGAGAUCGAGGAG